GAAUUUUGUCAUUUUAUGACAUAUAUUUGAAACGUUGGCAUUCAUUAAAAACCUCAGAGUUAUAACUCUGGGGUAAAAACAUGUUGCAAUAAUAUUAAAAAAAAAUCCAAAUUCCAGUAAUUAUUAUCAUGUCUAAAAAUGUAGUUGAAGAUUGCGCAGGAUGUAAAAAACCUUUAAAGAAGAAAUACAUCAAAGCUUUGGGCAAGAAAUGGCACGUGGAACAUUUUAGAUGUGCCAAAUGUUCUAAAAUUAUAAAUGGACAAAUUUUCCUCCAAAAAAAUGGUUUGCCCUACUGUAAAAGCGACUUUUUGAAAUUGUUCCGUCAUAGAUGCGAAAAAUGCAAGGAGUAUAUAUUAACGGUAAGAAUAUAGGUUCAAACAAGCCCCACAUUAUCGAGGAAAAAAAGGAGGCAGUUGAAGCACUGGGUACAUUUUGGCAUGCUAGUUGUUUUACUUGUACAACAUGCGAACAACCUAUCAAACCUCCUCUUUAUUUUGCCAAAGAAGGAAAGCCAUACUGCAUCCCCGAUUAUGAAGAAAAUUUUGCCCCAAAAUGUAGAGCAUGUGGCGAAUAUAUUUUUGAGAAUCAUUUGAAAGUACUUGGCGGUCUAUGGCAUUGCAACUGCUUCGUUUGUAAAGAUUGCAAGAAACCAAUCCAGAACAAGUACUUUCUCGUAGAUAAAAAACCGGUGUGCGCCACCUGUAUAAAUACCAAUAAGGAUAAAUCAAAGAUGUGUUAUCAAAAUUGCUGCAGUUUCGAUGAAGAGCAUGGUUAAGUUAAUGAAAAAUAGAAAUUUGGAAUGAUUGAAAUAAAAUAUGAAGCAUAAAAUACAAAAUGUGUGAAAAAAAGCAGUGUUCAUGAUUAAAAUUAAUUUAUUCUCAAACAUUCUACAUUUUAACUGAGGCUAGCUGAUUCAACCAACAAGUACACCUCAAUUUUUGUCCUUGAUACUGAAGACGCUCCGAGGUCUCCUAAAGUUCUCCUCCAUAUGUUGUUCCUUCAAAAUUUCCAUUAGUGUCCAGUUCAUCAUGGCUCUUUCAAAUAUUGUUCUUGACUUGACUUGAAUUCAUCUCUAAAAAAAUUAUUCAACUACUGUGGUUAUUUAAGAAAAACCAAAUUUAUAUGUCUCUGGUGUGUAAAAAUAUCAAUUCCAUUUUUUUUACUCAGUGAUCUCUCAAAAAAACCAAAACUAACCUCAAACUUAUAACUCAUCUGUCACCGAACCCGGCUUCGUAUCGAGAAUUGUUUAAUUGAAGUAGAGUAUAAAAUUAAUUGAAAAAAACGUAAAAAUGGUUGUCAGGCAAUAUAAUGAGGAACUGAAAUAUUUAGAGAAAUUGACCCCUCAUUCAUGGAGGAUAAAAAAAGGCUUCCAGCCAAAUAUGAAUGUUGAAGGGAUAUUUUAUGUAAACAAAACUCUAGAAAAACUUAUGUUAGAUGAACUUAGAAAUGCAUGUAGACCUGGAAUGGUUGGUGGGUUCCUUCCAGGCGUAAAGCAAAUUGCAAAUGUAGCUGCUCUUCCUGGUAUUGUUGGCAAAUCGGUUGGUUUGCCUGAUGUUCACUCAGGUUAUGGAUUUGCCAUUGGAAACAUGGCAGCGUUUGAUGUUAAUGAUCCUAAAUCUAUUGUAUCACCAGGUGGUGUAGGCUUCGAUAUAAAUUGUGGGGUUAGGUUGUUGAGAACAAACCUAUUUGUGGAUGAUGUUUUACCAGUUAAAGAACAAUUAGCUCAAAGUUUAUUUGAUCAUAUUCCAGUAGGAGUUGGAUCAAAAGGCAUAAUUCCGAUGAAUGCGAAGGAUUUAGAAGAAGCCUUAGAAAUGGGAAUGGAUUGGUCCUUGAGAGAAGGCUAUAUAUGGGCAGAAGACAAAGAACAUUGUGAAGAAUAUGGCAGAAUGUUGAAUGCCGAUCCUUCGAAAGUCAGCAUGAGGGCAAAGAAAAGAGGACUGCCCCAGCUAGGAACACUUGGAGCAGGAAACCAUUAUGCAGAAAUCCAAGUAGUGGAUGAAAUUUACGAUAAAUGGGCUGCUUGCAAGAUGGGAAUCGAAGAAAAAGGACAAGUAUGUGUGAUGAUCCACUCGGGAAGCAGAGGGUUCGGCCAUCAAGUCGCUACCGAUGCGCUGGUCCAGAUGGAGAAAGCCAUGAAGAGGGACAAUAUCGAAACUAACGACAGACAGUUGGCAUGUGCAAGGAUAAAUUCGCAAGAAGGACAGGACUAUUUGAAAUCCAUGGCAGCGGCAGCCAAUUUCGCUUGGGUGAACAGGAGUUCGAUGACCUUCCUGAGCAGACAGGCUUUUGCGAAACAAUUCAACAUGGCCCCUGACGAUCUAGACAUGCACGUUAUUUACGAUGUAUCCCACAAUAUUGCCAAAGUCGAAGAGCACAUGGUAGACGGCAAACCAAAAACUCUUUUGGUACACAGAAAAGGGUCUACCAGAGCUUUUCCACCACAUCAUCCCCUGAUACCUGUCGAUUAUCAGCUGACGGGACAGCCUGUGCUGAUCGGAGGAACCAUGGGAACCUGCAGUUACGUGUUGACUGGUACCGAGCAAGGAAUGAUGGAGACUUUUGGUUCAACGUGCCACGGAGCUGGUCGGGCUUUAUCCAGAGCCAAAAGCCGUAGGAACUUGGACUACUUACAAGUGUUGAGGAAGAUGGAAUCGAUGGGUAUAUCGAUCAGAGUAGCAUCCCCGAAAUUGGUGAUGGAGGAGGCCCCAGAAUCUUACAAGAACGUAACGGAUGUAGUCGAUACAUGCCACGCAGCUGGUAUAAGUAAAAAGUGUAUAAAACUGAAACCUAUUGCAGUGAUAAAAGGAUAAGAGUUGAGGUUUAAUCAAAUAAUUCUUACUAUUCAUAUAAUUUAUUUGACUUUGUAUAUGUGAUCAUUUUCAAUCCUGUUUAUUAUAAGAUAAACUUAUCCGAAUAAAAUUGAAUGAAAAAGAAAA